ACGGGCUCAUGGCUGACUUUACACCAGGACUGCAGCAACAGCACACGGCAGGAGCAGCUGGACACCUGAGAAAGCCAACGCCCAAACAUCCACUUUGCAGAAGAAAAAAUAUUUCAAGUUUAAGUCUUCAGUGAAAAGAAUUCUUGAAGUCAUGGUUGCUCCGUGGUUUCUCUCUGCUCUCACUUUUGUGCUUCUCAUUCGAGGGAGCAGAGCUUGGUCUUACAAUGCCUCUAGGGAAACCAUGACGUAUGAGGAGGCCAGGGCUUACUGCCAGCAAAAGUACACACAUCUGGUCGCAAUUCAAAACAAAGAAGAAAUCGAGUACUUGAACUCCAGAAUGAGCUACUCAAAAAGCUAUUACUGGAUCGGAAUCAGAAAAGUCAAUAAUGUGUGGGUCUGGGAAGGGACCCAGAAGCCUCUGACCGAAGAAGCCAAGAACUGGGCUCCAGGUGAGCCAAACAAUAAGCAACGCGAUGAGGACUGUGUGGAGAUCUACAUCAAGAGGGAAAAGGACCCAGGCAUGUGGAAUGAUGAGCCAUGCAGCAAGAAGAAGCUCGCUUUGUGCUACACAGCUGCCUGUACCAAUAAAUCCUGCAGUGGCCAUGGUGAAUGUAUAGAGACCAUUGAAAACUACAACUGCAAGUGCUUCCCAGGGUUCCAUGGACUCAGGUGUGAGCAAGUUGUAACAUGUACAGCAUGGGAAGAGCCCAGACAUGGAAGCCUGGAUUGCACUGAACCCUUUGGGUCCUUCAGCUACAACUCCUCCUGCUCUGUGAUCUGUGAAAGGGGCUACCAGCCAACCAGCAAGCAGACGGCGCAGUGCAUGUCCUCUGGGGGGUGGAGUGCUCCCGAGCCAGCCUGCGAGGUGGUUGAGUGUGAUGCUUUGACAAAACCUGCCAACGGGAGCAUGGAUUGUUUCCAAAGCCCUGAGAGAUUUCCAUGGAACACAACCUGUGCGUUCCACUGUGAGGAAGGAUUUGAACUCAUAGGAGCCCAAACCCUGCAAUGUACCUCCUCUGGGACCUGGGACAACGAGAAGCCAACCUGUAAAGCCCUGACCUGCGAUGCCAUCCACCCGCCUUGGAAUGGCUCUAUUAGCUGCAGCCCCUCUUCUUUCCCCUCUUCUGCUGGAGAGUUUGUCUUCAAGUUAUCCUGCAACUUUACCUGCAAGGAGGGCUUCAUGCUGCAGGGGCUGCCGCAGAUCGAAUGCACAGCUCAAGGGCAGUGAACACAGCAAACUCCGGUGCGUGAAGCUUUCCAGUGCAAACCUUUAUCGAGACCGGAGCAAGGCUACAUGAAUUGUCUUCCUAGUGCUUUGGGAGGUCUGCGAAGCGGGUCCAGCUGUGAGUUCUCCUGUGAGCAGGGAUUCCUGUUACAAGGACCCAGGAGGCUCCAGUGUGGCCCCACAGGGGAGUGGGACCGUGAGAUGCCCACAUGUGAAGCUGUGACCUGUGAUGUUCCUCAUCAGCCCCUGAAUAGUGUGAUGAAAUAUACUCAACACUCUACUGGAAAAUUCAUCUACAAGUCCUCUUGUGCCUUCCACUGUAAGGAAGGCUUUGACUUACAUGGAUCGACUCAACUUGAGUGCACCUCUCAAGGACAAUGGACACAGGAAGUCCCCUCCUGUCGAGUGGUGCAGUGUUCAAGGCUGGAAGUUCCAGGAAAGAUCAACAUGAGCUGCCGCGGGGAGCCUGUGUUUGGCACUGUGUGCAAGUUUGCAUGUCCUGAAGGGUGGACCCUCAAUGGCUCCGCAGCUCUGACAUGUGCUGCCACAGGACAGUGGUCUGAGCUGCCACCUACCUGUGAAGCUCCCAUGGUGUCCAACACUCCCUUGGCAGUUGGGCUUUCUGCUGCAGGGACCUCCCUCCUGACUCUGACAUCAUUUCUCUUCUGGCUUUUGAAAAACUUUCGGAAGAAAGUAAAGAAAUAUGUUCCUUCCAGUAGCUGCCAAAGCCUUGAAUCAUAUGGAAACCACCAGAUCCCUUCUGACGUCCUUUGAGUUCAAGAGAAACAGGAACACAGGUGCGUCCUGGGAACUAGGCACUGAAAACAACAGAGACCGAGCUGUCCAGGUCCUUGGCCUUUCCUGACUAUCACACCUGCCACUUCUGUAGCUGGGACCACGACUUCAAUGGAUCAAAACUCUGUAGAAAGACUGAUCUUCUGUCCAAAGGAUUCAAUAUUUCUCUUUGCUGUUCUUGAGAUCACAAAAUGGCAUUCUCUUCAAAGCAAAAAUGGAGAGGCCAAGGCUCUAGAAUCUCAGAAUUCCUUUCGUGUCUCUUUCCUCCCUCUGAAGCCUUGGUGGAUAAUGAAUAUUUUUUGGUUUUGUUUAUUUCUUUUGUCCUUCGCUAUGUUUCAACUGUUAAUUAGAUAGUUACUGCCAAGGGAUAAAGAGGAAUUAUCUGGAGUCCAGGGGAAGAAAUUGGCCAAACAUAUUUUAUCUCUUACUUUUAAGAACUCCCAAACCUUUAAUGCCCAAUAGUGAAUGCAUAGAACAGAUGUUAUUAGGAAAC